GUUAGUCAGUCAGUACCAACCAUAGACUAACUGACUGACUGAUUUUCAACACAAAAGCACACCUGUUCAACCUCCCAUGCCUGUCUAUAUUAAGGCACACAAAGGUGGAUAAAUGAGGGAGAGAGUAAAGUGAAAAGCAGAAAGGCAGUGGACAACAACAGUUACCUGUUGGUUUAGUGGUUAUGCAAGAUCAUGCAAAAAGAGAACGACAAUUAGCUAUAGCCCAGAGCCAAUGAAUUUGAACACUUUGAGAACACAGAAUCAGUCAGGCUCUGUAUAUAGCAUGUAUAUACUCGAAUUGAUGUCCCUCUUUUUCAAUGUUUGUACGUAUAUGUAUUUCAAUUUAAACUUGAUGUUGAUUUCAAGUAUUGUCCUAACUAAAUUCACAAUUUCUGUGUUUAAUUUCUCCCAUUUACCCAUGGAUCCGAUCACU